AAAUCAUUAAAUAAAAAAUUCUAAACCAAAUUGUAACAAGUAAUGUAUAUCAGCAGAAAGUAGAUAACAAGGGCUGUUUGCUGCCACCUUGUGCCCAAGAUUUGAAUAACUCUUCUAGCCGUUGGUCUCCAAUUUCUACUCACUGAAAAUGCUUCGCAAAACUCCAAAAUAUGUGAGGAAGAGGAAGGUGUUCAAAGGAGAUCAAUACCAGAUAUUACAGAAGAGUAACAUGAAUGCUGGAGAGGUGCCAGAAGAACUAACAGCUAAUUCAGAGAUCGAUGAAGCUUUCCCUGAAUAAGUGUUUGGACAGCCCUAUUUUUGACCCUGGUCCCACAUGUGAAGAUCCGCGUCAUUAGUGGCCCACAACUUGCAGCUGCUUUGCAAAAGGCUCACGUGUGUCUGGGAGGGCAUGUCAUUCCUCUGGAGAAUUUGUCAAAGAGGAAUGGGUUGAACUGCGCCAUGGUCCUUGGUUGCUUCAUUUGCAAGAAGGAGAGGACAUUCUCUUCAUCAGAAAAUGAAUGCGAAGGACGUGGAAAGUCUGCAGAAAUAAACCGCAGAGCUACUCUGGCAGCAACGGAGGUUGGUUUGGCACGGGAUAGCUUGUGCGACUUGCUGACCAUCCUCGGAACAGCCCCACUAGUCGAAGCCCCUAGCUACAACAGGCACAUAGCCACUUUAUCUUCCUUAUCCCAAGAGACCAGUAAGGAUCAGAAGAAGAAGGUGGCAGCAUGCCUACGUCAAAGGACCAUGGACAAGGAUCUGACCAUCAGGGAAAAUGAUUAUGUGGACGUGGCAGUGCCCUACGAUGGAACAUGGCAUAGACGAGGUUACACAUCGAAUCAUGGGGUGGGGGUAGUGAUACCGAUCGAUACAGGGGAGAUGGUUUGACACAGAGGGUCUAUCAAAAUCAUGUAAACAGUUUGAGUAUAGAAAGGGUUGGGUCUUUAGUGUUCUCAGCCAGAGGGACCUUGAUCGCCGUCAGAGACUCCAAAAAUGAGCAGCAAGGCUUGCCUUUUCUGCUCCUCUUCGAACUCACAUACAACCUCUUUGACUUGAACUUCAUUGUACAUGUUUAUACAAUGUUUUAGAACAUUUCUGUGCUGCAACUCAGUGCCUUAGUUUUUAUUGUACAUGUUUAUAUAUUUUUAACUUGCCUUUCAUUUUAGUCAUGUUUACAUACACACUAUAUAUGACAUUUUAGUUAUUUAGAGGAACUAGGGUGAUAUAUAUGUGGGUAUUUAUUACAGCUUAGUAGAAUAAGUCCAAGUAAUAUGUGUUGCAAUUACGAACUUGCCUUUCAUUUUAGUUUGUAGUGUACAUGUUUAUGUGAUAUAUUUUUUACUUGCCUUUUAUUUUUAUUUUUUGGCAUAUGUACAUGCAUACAACUUUUGAUAUAAACCAAAUACAUCCUGCCACUUUAAUUCAAUUCAUUUUUUUAAUAAGCAUCAUGUGUGUAUUGUAAGUUAACAUUUAAGUUUAGAUUUCUCAAACAUUCAAUAUAUUAUAGUCACCAUUCUGUGUACUAUAGAACGCACUACAGCCACCAUUCUGCUAACCAUAGAUCAAGAUCCAAACUACCAUUCUGAAUAUACCAUUUCAAAAUGCUACAAUUAAGCGUAACAUUUUGUUGCAUAUUUUGAAUGGUAGUGAAUGGUAGAUGAAUGGUGGCUCUAUGGUAGAUGAAUGGUGGCUCUAUGGUAGAUGAAUGGUGGCUCUAU